AUGUCUGCAAAAGGUCAUCAGACGGAAAAAGGUCCGAUAAGCAAGAAGGAGCUGUUGUCUCGAAUUGCAGCUGGAGAAGACGGUAUAGUAGUUCCCUCACUGGCAAAUCAGGAUUGGGCUGCGUUCCAACAGGACAGCUUGAGAGAUCCGACACUGAUCAACUUUUUGUCUUGUGUACUAGUUCCUAUUCUCACCUGGCUGUAUCCUGAUAUUACCGCUUCAGAAUUGCGCGAGGCUCAACUCCUGGGGAGCGCUUACGGUCGGCCCAGAAAACGGCUACGCAUUGUGGCCGCUUAUCGCCUUCCGCCCGUCCGUAUGGCUGAUACCAUGACCCGAAGAGCCCAACCGUCGACUUCCAAAGCAAAUGCAAACGAGUCGAUUGACGUAGAAAUGGCCGGGCUGUCUACUGUCGACUCGAACGGUGAUGCAGGUAACUCGCACGCAACUCGCCACACCGAGGCCUUGAGUGUUCUUCCCGACGUGCUUCCUCCUACGGUUCAGGAACUCGACGACCCCAUGGAAAUCUUCCGGAAAACGACUCCACCAGUAAACGUGAACCACCGUACUUCCAAGAAGGCGCAGCCUACCCAUCCGCCUUUGCAGUCUUCCUCAGAUGUGGCGUCCACAUCCAUCACAGCUCUCUCCCAACCCUCCGUUGCAGAAGACACUGGUCGGAUUGCCAUCUCGUUCCCUUCAAAGGACCUUGACGCCUCUCACAUAUACAGCAAGGACUUGCGUCGUCUGACUCCUGGAGAAUUCUUGAAUGAUGAAUUAAUUGAAUUGGGGUUGAAAUUCGCAAGAAGCGAUCUACAGAUCAGAAGGCCUGGUGCCUUGGACCGAAUUCAUUUCUUCAACACGUUUUUCUAUACUAAGGUCGACCAAGAGGAUCUGCAGAAGGGAUAUGACCUUGUGAAAAAGUGGACCAACGGCGUUGAUAUCUUCGAGAAGAGGUUCAUCAUCAUCCCGGUUCACGAGCGUUUCCGUGUCGCAGCCUACACUGGUAUCUCGCCAUCGUAUGCAAUCCGAGUGGAAUCCUCCAACGAUCUGGUGAACAGCACAGGACGUAGAAGUGCACGUAUCUAUAUAAUCGACUCUCUCAACCAUCCUCGAGACCGCGCCAAGGCUGUCUUGACUUCGUAUCUAGCCAAAGAGGCGGUUCAUAGGGGAAAACUGAAGAGCGAGAAGGACGCGGUUGAACCGUCAUUCAUAAGAGCGAAAGCUCCUGAACAAACGAACUACUGCGAUUGUGGGGUCUAUCUGAUUCACUUCGCAAAGGUCUUCAUCAACCACCCAGAUAGAACUGAACGCGUAAUGAAGGCAGUAACUGACAUCAGAGAGGCCAAGCAGCACCGACAUUGGAGGGUAGGCAAAAUUCAGGAAUUGCGGGAUGGUCUCCUACGUCGCAUCCAGGAGCUGUCUGAAACACGUCUAUCUGAGCAAGGAGCCUUGUGA